AUGCUUUGCUCAUUUUCCACAGGCUCGAAAGAGAUGAGACUCAUUCUGGUCGGAAAAACUGGAUCAGGAAAGAGUGCCACUGGAAACACCAUCCUGGAACGUACAGGGGCAUUUAAAGUUGAGGCAUCACCUGAAUCUGUGACUGAUAGCUGUCAGAGAGAAGAGGUAGAAGAUGGUGACAGGAAGAUUGUUGUGAUCGACACACCAGGGCUGUCUGACACAAGCAAAACACAAACAGAAGUGAAAGGCCACAUUGAGGAGUGUGUUAGACAGUCAGUUCCUGGCCCCCACGCUUUCCUUUUAGUAAUCAGUCUGAAGUCAAGAUUCACACAAGAGGAGAGGGAUGCGGUGAAAUGGAUCCAGGAUAAUUUUGGCUCAGAUGCUUCAAUGUACACAAUAGUCCUGUUUACUCAUGCUGACCUACUGGGAAGUAAAUCUGUGGAGGACUACGUGGCAGAGAGCGUCCAUCUAAAACGACUGAUUAACCAGUGUGGAGGAAGAUACCAUUCGCUCAUCAACAACCAGGGAGCAAGCAGAGGUCAAGUCAGAGAACUUCUAGAAAAGAUAGACAAAAUGGUGAAAGACAAUGGAGGAAGUCACUACACUAACGAGAUGUAUGAGGAAGCCCAGAGGACAUUACAGGCGAAAGAGGGCAUACACAAAAAGAUUCCUUGGCUUAAAGUGUUAAAUGCUGCUUCCACGGCAGUUUUCGCUGGGUCAGCAUAUUUUAUGUCACCUCUGCUGAACUGA